CCGGGCCUAAACACGGCCCGGGAAAGAUGAGCCUCCGGAUAGAAGAGGUGGCGGCAUCCCUGGUCAGAGAGUUCCUGAACAGGAAGGGGCUAAAAAAGACGCGCGCAGCUUUAGAUGAGGAACUUCCACGCAGUCAGCCUAGUAUCAGCAGAAGGGAUGAACUGAGGGCCAUGCUACACUUGGACUCCUUGUACAAGGAAAACAAGUUGGCUGAGACGCCGUUAAAAACGUACCUGGAACUGAUGACAAAGCAUUUUCUUGAAAAGUUUGGAAAAAAGAAAAAGUUGAAAAUGGCGGGAGACCAGGAUGCAGACAGUUCCAAGUUAUUUACUAAAGGACACCUGAGAAAAGCAGCCGAGAGCCCAAAUCUGGCCGUCUAUGACAUCUCGGAUGAGGAAAGCGGGGGAAGCUGUGCUGUAAAUGAGACGAGUCGCAUUAUAACCCGCAGGGUUGAGGACAGCACAACAUUAUCACAGAAACCUGUAUAUCUGAGAGCAUCAGGAGAUGGAAGUAAGAAAACAGAUAGUGGCUUGAAAAGUAGCAGCUUCUCAUCUGACGAUGAUGUGAAGAAUACAAAGGAAAAGUGGGAGAGUGCAAAGACUUCAGACUCUUCGAACGAACCAAAAAGUGCUGCAUGUGAGAUGGGGAGACCCAAAUCAAGCAGGAUUGUUAGGGGAAUGAUGUCCGGUCUCAUCUCCAGCUCACAGGAGGACUCGCUGAAAAAACGAUCGCAGAGACGAUCAUCUGCAACUCCUCUGUCGGCACAAGCCAAGAGCGAACCCCAGAUGAAUGGGAUGAUCGGGAAGACGGAGGAGGCUCUGAGCGACGGCGCUUCAAAUCCAGCGCUGCAACUGGGGAACGAAUUCUCUGCUAAACUGCUGGUCUCUGCUCCGUCCAGAAACCCGGCUCUGAACGCCACUGCUAAACAGGACAAGCAGCCCAGAAGUGGGCCGGAGACUGCGGACAGCACCAGAGAUGCUUAUAGUAACUUUAAACUAAAGCUUGCUUUGGAAGCAGAGCAAGAAAAGCAGCAAAAGUCACUGAGGAAGAGUGAAUCCUCCUCAAAACGGAAGAUGUCGGCAUCAAGAGCGAAUGACAAAGGGAGGCACUUGGUCGAUAUGAAGCUAGAUGAUGUUGAAGAGGAUUUAUGGGCUGACACAAUAGGGAUUCCAGAGAUCAUGGCACGGAAUAAAGUUCAGGCGGAAGGAAGACCUAUUGAUUUACAGCAAGCUAUGGAGCUUAAAAAUCUGCUGUUUGGAUCUCCUCUGCGCUGCUUCAGUGAAGAAUGGAAAAUUCAGAGCUUCACCUUCUGUAAUAUUGAGCAUUUGAAGUACGGCUUCGUGCAGAGAAAGGGCGGCCCCUGCGGAGUUCUGGCUGCGGUCCAGGCUUGUUUGUUAAAGAACCUUGUGUUUGGGAAAGAUUCCGAUAUCAGGUGGGCACUUAAUCCUUCAGACCAACUCCGAACAAUCUGCCUGUCCAGAGCCAUCGCGGAUAUCUUAUGGCGUGCGGGAGACUGUAAGCAAGCAGUUGUCACCUUGUCAUCCGGAAGGCAGCAGUUCACUCCAGCUGGGAAAUAUAAAGCCGAUGGAAUCCUAGAAAGUCUCAUCCUUUACAGCUUCAAAAAAUAUGACGAUCUUUUGACUUUUCUUCAGCAAAAUAUUAAUCAGUUUGAACGCGGGCCGUUUGGUUGCAUUCUGCUUACAUUGUCUUCUGUCUUAUCGAGAUCGAUCGAUCUGGUCCAGCAAGACUUUGACGUUCCUACCAACUGCCUAAUUGGUGCCCAUGCUUACUGUACACAAGAACUUGUUAAUCUCAUCCUGGGAGGCAAAGCCGUGUCUAAUGUCUUCAAUGAUGUCAUGGAGCUGGACUCUGGGAACGGCAACACCACUGUCCUAAAAGGGGUCUCCAGCCGCAGUGAAAUUGGCUUUCUCUCCCUCUUCGAACAUUACAGCGUGUGCCAGGUUGGUUCCUAUCUCAAGACCCCGAAGUAUCCGAUCUGGGUGGUCUGCAGUGAGAGUCACUUUAGCGUCCUCUUUUGCUUGAAGAAAGAUUUAGUGAGCGACUGGAGAGCAGAACGAAGGUUUGAUCUGUAUUACUAUGAUGGGCUGGCAAACCAGCAAGAGGAGAUCCGCCUCACCAUCGACACCUCAGGGAAUUGUAUAGAAAAUGAAGACAAUGAUUUGGUUCCCCCGCUGGAGUUUUGUAUCAGAACCAAAUGGAAAGGUGCCGUUGUAGACUGGAAUGGGACUGAUCCCAUUCUAUAAUACCAGGGGCCACGUUGUAUGAACGUCCUGCGUACACCGGCUUC